AUGCUUUUUAGUCAAGCAAUCCUUUUCGCUUUUGCUACAAUUCUGAUCAUUGCAACAUCAACACUCAGUAGUACCAAUGAGCCUGGCCCUUCAAACGAGAUCAAUCUCCCAGAGCGACCUCGUACAGCCAUAAAUCGUGCACAGUCGACAACCACUCGUCACCGUGGUAAUCGUAUGGUCGCAGGUCAAACGGGCGGCAAUGCAAGUAACAGUAUCACUAAAGCUAUCUUGGCCAAAAAAUCUAUCAAAAAGGCUCGUAAAAACGUUCAACUUCGUGCUCAACGUAAUUCCGCUAAUCGUGGUCUUGGUAAAGUGGCACCAGAACCUGGCAUGAAUUGA